CCAUCAAACCCCUAUUAUUUUAAUGGCCACUUCACUCACACUCUCGAGUCCAAACACAGAUAACCCAACAACAAAACCCAUGGGAGACGAAGCUAAACCAGCCAUGGAGUUUGUGAAGAGCAACAAAGGGAAGAAACCUAAUGGGAAAGCCCCGUGCCCAAAGAAACAGCCACAAAGAGGCAUGGGAGUUGCCCAACUCGAACGUUUAAGGAAAAUGAAUGAAACGAGAACCACAACGGGAAUAACCCAGUUCCCUUGUGAAACUAGAGGAGCAGCUGGGAAUGUUCCCGUGCUUCACGGUAUAGUUCGCUAUGGUGUUCCCAUGGUGAUCAAUGGUGGAAGUGGGGGGUUAUGGGGUUCGGGAAGUGAAACAGAUGGUUUGAUGAUGCAAAGGGUUGUUGGAAAUGGAGGAUUUGGUGGGUUUAAUGGUCAGGUUUUGGUGGGAAAUCCGGGUAAUUUGCAGGUCGGUUGCGGUGUUGUGGAGGCUUCUAAAGAGCUCUCUUCAAUGCCAAAGUUUCAGCAUUGUAAACCUGAUCGUUGUGAUAGUUGCUUUAAGAAGAAGCGUUGCAAUGGAGAAACGGGAGGGAUAUUAAACCAAUAUGGACAAAUUUUCCCCAGAAAAGAAGUUGAUUUUCACGGAAGGAACCUGGAAAACAAUCAAAAUUACACCAAUGAAGAGAUGAAUGGAUUCAGUGCAAGAGCUGCAAGGAGUGCUUAUACCUAUGCAGCAGCAACAGGAGGCCAAAUGAACAACAUCAAUGAGUCUGUGGAUUUGUUGGCUAUUCACAAGAAGGGAAACUCAGUUGGCACUGGAAGUUAUGUGAUGGAGUACGAAUUUUUCCCAGAGAAAAAUGGCAGGAACACGGCUUUCAAAGAAUGGGAACUUCCAAAAGAAGCUUCUUUGUCUCUGGGAGGUGAAGCUUCUCAUGCUAAUGCUUCUAAUUGUGUUGAUUUGUCACUCAAGCUUUCUUAUUAGAAGCAUAUAUAUACAGGGAAAUUGUCUGUUUGGUUUUACUGUUACAUUGAUUUGGAGGUGU